AUGGCGAUAACGAUACUUGCACAUGCGGCGCCGGUAGAGGAAAAAUCUCGUCUUAUUUUCUUCAACCCCGUAAAUACUCGCGACCACUUGCCGGAACAAUGGAGCGGAGCCGCCGGCGCUGCGGGAAUAUAUCACACUGGGAGGGCAUGCAGUAUUGAUCUCGGAUCAUCACAAACGAACAAGGACAACAACUUCGAUAGAUUUGCUGACCUUCUUUCCGCCCACUACCGGCAAGAUAUUAAGACGCUAUUCGGGUACAUGGUGCCCUACUUACAGAGGUUGGAACAAGCAUUCACGGUUCCCUAUGAGGUUGGGCUACACAACCCAGGUACGGCGCGUCCCGACCUUAGCUCCCUCGGCAUCCUUGAGAAGUAUUUGAACCCACGGUAUGAAGGACCAAACGCGUCAUUCGAGAUUCAGGACUGGUGGCUCGGAAUGCAGGUGAUGGGCCGUUCCCUACACACUUAUCUUUGGACGCGGGAUGAUAUGUUGCAUAUUGGGUGCAGCUACAAUGAGACUUUCUAUGAGAGGAAGUUCGUGGAGGGGUUUCUGGAGGAUUGGAAGACGGCGCUGGUGGAUAGGUUGCUUUUGACUUAG